UAUUAGCCUGCUUUAAACCCUAAACACACUGAUACUGAUACACACAUUAGCUGGAGUUUUGUUGAUUGUUUCAUUUAAUUUUUUUUUAAUUAAACGAAAUUAAAGCUAUGUUGAUAAAUGUAUAAUAAGAUAUUUUAUAUCUUAAAAUCUAUAGAGGGAAAAGAAGGCUGGUUGUUUUUAUUGUGAGGGAUUUGAUAGCUAACGUUAAUGUUUUUCUAUCACAGAGAGAGGCGGGGAACAUAACACACACACACACACACACACACUGCAUUAGUUUUUGGAUGCAGUCGAUUUACACGGACAAUUCUUUAGGAAGUCUGAUUCUUCAGCCUGGAUUUCACUUUCCUGAGGACGGCAGCGAGAUUCCGAGUCGUUACAUGGAUUAUCUGUGUUUCAGAACUCUGUGCUGUAAAGGUCCGCCUCCUCCCAGACCAGAGUAUGAUGUAGUGUGUAUUGGGCUUACGGGCUCUGGAAAGACCAGCUUGCUGUCAAGACUGUGCAGUGAAGCCACAGACAAUAUCGUACCUACCACAGGUUUUAGCAUUAAAGCAGUGCCGUUCCAGAACGCCAUCUUAAACGUUAAAGAACUGGGAGGAGCAGACUCCAUUAAGAAGUACUGGAGCCGGUACUAUCAGGGCUCUCAGGGCGUGGUGUUUGUGUUAGACAGCGCCUCGUCUGAUGAGGAUUUGGAGGCAGCGCGCACGGAGCUCCACUCGGCCCUGCAGCACCCACAGCUCUGCACCCUGCCCUUCCUCAUCCUCGCCAACCAGCAGGACAAACCGGCUGCACGCUCCGUCCACGAGAUAAAGAAAUAUUUUGAGCUGGAACCUUUGGCUCGGGGGAAGAGCUGGUUGCUUGAAGGAAGUACUGUGGACAACAUGGAUGCUGUAAAGGAGAGCUUCAGCCAACUCAUCCAUCUGCUGGAGGAAAAGGACCAGGAGACGGGCAGGAUAUGAGCUGGGAGAUUUCACAGGAUCCUAGGAUCCUCCACUCCAGACAGUACAGAUCCCCACCUCACCACAGGCGAGAGACUGACCGUGUGUGUGUGCGUGUGUGUGUGCGUGUGUGUGUGUGUGUGAGAGAGAGAGAGAGAGAGAGAGAGAGAAAUAAAGCAGGCUGGAAACACACACAGAUUUACAGCUCAAUUUAUAUCACCUCAUUCCAUAUUUGAAGUGAGACGUUUUGUUCUUCGUAUUAGUACACACUUUUUCCUGCCUCUCGAUUUACUUCGACAGUAAACACGGUUCUUUGUUUUAUGUCCUGUGCUAGAAAACGCCUAGUUGCACAUUGCUACAAAACUGAUAAAGUUAAACACUUUUUUGGUAUGUAGAGAUACUGGAUAGUUUUUCUUAAUAUGUAGAUUGUUCUACAGGGUGUCCCAAAAAUCUCCAGAUGCGAGGAACACUUUUAUUUUUUAAUCUUUAUCAAAAUGUCUUCCUGUUUUUUUUUUUUUCUUAAAAAAAAAAGUGAUUUCAGGUGGCUUUUAAGAAAAAAGAAGAACGACUGAAAUUAUUCUAAAGACUGGAUCAGGACGCAAACAAAGUGCAGAUACACAAAUAUACGUUAUGAGUGGGAGAGACGACUCUCUCUCGCUCUCUCUUUUUCUCUGAAUGCGUGUUUCCAAAGACACUGCAGUCAUCUGGAGAAUGUUUUGUAAAUAAACUUAUAUUUUGAAAAAGGGGGAAAAAAAGUGUUAAUUCCUUCUGAGACCUUUGCGACAUCCGGUAUUUAGUGUGUGUGUGUGUGUGUGUGUGUGUGUGUGUGUGUUCCAAAUGAACAUUUGUACUUUAAAAGCCUUAAAGUAUGUGAUGUGUAUUUUUUGUAAUCAAACUACAGUGACUUAUUAAACAGUCUUAAAUAAUCACGGCUAUGAAAUGACCACUAUAUUUCCAAAACCACAAACAAAGAUUCCAGAAUAGCGGAAUUCCUUCUGCAUGUCUCUCUGGUGUAAGUGUAGAAAUCAUGCAUCAUUCAGGAGGAUUGUUUGAGGUUUAGUGAUACGUUUCAGUAAUGUUAAUCUGUACUUGUACUUUUUUAUAAACACAGCAUAUCAAAUGGAAGUGUUUUGUGUGUCGGAGAUGUGUGUCGUCUCUCUGUAACAGUGAUUAAUCACCUGAACGGUGUAGUGCCAGUUACACAUUGUGAUCGUAGUAUUAUAAGGUUCCAUUUGGGGCUUGAGAUUAAAGCUUUGACAUUCCAGUUGCAGAAAUGUAAAAUGUACAUUUAACUAGGACUAGAUUUUUGAGCAACUUUUAAACUUGGUAUUCUGAAAAUUCUGAGGAGGGCUUGGGCAUUUUUUUCCCAUUUUUUUUUUUU